AUCCGUCGGUCUGUCAGGAAAAAAAAAGAAAAGAAACGACGCCUGAGAGCGACGCUUGCUGCUGAUGUACCGCUGGCUCAAAAAUGGAGAGCGACACCACUGUCCGGAGAAUAAAACCCUUCGGGACACAGAAUUAUGUAGCGCAAGAAAAAGACGGGUCCCGGGACCGGUGCGGGGAUAACGGCUACAGUGACCCGAAGAGGAAGCCCGAAGUGAGCCUGUACUUGCUGCGGGAAGGGCUGGCAGCUUCCCUGGUCUCUGUGUUUAUUUUGGUGCUGUGGGGACUUGUUCAUUUGUCGUUACAGCAGCUCGUCAUUGGAAAGCCGACCGGCGAGUUCAACGCAGUGCGAGCUAGACGGCACUUGGAGCAGAUCACCAGCGUGGGUCCUCGGCCAGUGGGCAGCCAGGAGAAUGAAGUCCUCACAGUGGCCUACCUGUUGGAGCAGAUUGAGAAGAUCCGGGUUGAGACCGCAGCAGGCCCCCAUCAGCUCACGGUGGAUGUGCAGCGACCCACCGGCACUUUCUCCAUUGACUUUCUUGGAGGCUUCACCAGCUUCUAUGACCGUGUCACCAACAUUGCAGUCAGGCUGGAGCCUAAGGGUGGGACCCAGCACCUCAUGUUAGCCAACUGCCACUUUGACACAGUGGCCAACAGUCCAGGUGCCAGCGAUGAUGCGGUGAGUUGUGCAGUGAUGCUGGAAGUCCUUCAUUCUCUAGCCAACCAAUCUACUCCUCUUCAUCAUGGAGUUAUCUUCCUCUUUAAUGGAGCAGAGGAAAAUGUCCUGCAGGCAAGUCAUGGCUUCAUUACUCAGCAUCCCUGGGCCAAGCAGGUGCGAGCCUUCAUCAACCUGGAGGCUGCAGGUGUUGGGGGCAAGGAGGUGGUUUUCCAGACAGGUCCAGAGAACCCGUGGUUGGUACAGGCCUACGUUCACGCAGCCAAACACCCCUUCGCCUCUGUGGUCGGCCAGGAGGUCUUUCAGAGUGGCAUCAUCCCCUCUGACACUGACUUCCGCAUCUACAGGGACUUUGGUAACAUCCCAGGCAUUGAUCUGGCUUUCAUUGAAAACGGUUUCAUCUACCAUACCAAGUACGACACUGCUGACAGGAUCCUGACAGACUCGAUCCAGAGAGCCGGCGACAACAUCCUGGCCGUUCUGAGGUACCUGGUAAUGUCGGAGAAGCUGGCAGAUUCCUCAGAGUAUCGUCAUGGCAACAUGGUAUUUUUUGACUUGUUGGGGGUGUUUGUGGUGGCUUACCCAGCCCGUGUUGGCACCAUCCUCAACUACAUGGUAGCCACAGCCACCUUCCUCUAUCUGGUCAAGAAAGUGUCACUGCCAGGCAAUGGAGGGGGUCGCUAUGUUCGAGAUCUGGCCUGUGCCACGGGCGUAGCCAUCCUGAGCUGGUUCGUCACCCUAAUGUCAGUGCUGAUUGUAGCUCUGAUUGUCACUCUGAUGGGCCGCUCCAUGUUUUGGUACGACCACUUCUACGCCUCCAUUUGCCUGUACGGAGCUGCUGCUACGGGCAAGAUGAUCCUCAUUCACACGCUGGCCAAGAACCUGUACUUCGGAGGCGUCCGUUUGGUGGAGUUGGGUGACCUCUACUUUGACGUGAGCUUGUUGCUGUGGUGCUGCAGCCUGGUGUGGCUGACGCUGCAGGGCUUGUGUUCAGCCUAUGUGCCCAUGCUGAUGGUGGCCUUCCCCCUGGCCACCAGGCUCCUACUGACUAAAGAAUUUAAACAUAGAGGAGCAUCAAUGAAGUACAGUGUGCUCUAUCUGUUGGGCCUGGCGCUGCCCUAUGUCCACUUCAUGUUCCUCAUCUGGGUCGUGUUCGAGAUUUUCACACCCAUCAUGGGUCGCAGUGGCACAGAGAUACCACCUGAGGUUGUGCUGGCUUCCUUGGUCACCCUGGCAACCAUCUUCCUCUCCUCCUUUUUCCUGCAUUUCAUCUACUUGGUACGGAGCACUAAAUGGAUCCUGACUGGUCUGUGCUCAGUCUUCAUUGUCAUGUUCCUGUUGAUUUCCUGUGGCCUCCUCUUUCCUUAUUCAGGCAGUCCAGACAGCCCACGACCAAAACGAGUCUUCUUGCAGCACACAACACGGACCUUCCACAAUCUGCAGGGUCAAGUGGAGAGCCGGGACUCGGGUCUGUGGAUCAACAGCUUUGACUACACGGGCAUACAGCACAUCUCACCGCACAUUCCUGAGAUCAACGACAGUGUUCGCACAGAUUGUCGCGAGGACCGGCCCUUCUGUGGUUAUCCCUGGUUCCUGCCUGUGAAGUUCCUCAGCAAGAAGAAUUGGUACCUUCCUGCUCCAGAAGUGUCUCCCAGCUCUCCAGUGGAGUUUAGCCUGCUGUCCAAGGAGGAGACCAGCUGGGGGACGGUCAAGAUGACCUUCAGUGUCAAAGGUCCCAGCCACAUGUCUCUGUACCUGAUGCCUCACCGAGGAGCCAGCCUCUCUACCUGGUCCUUUGGCGACGGGACGCCUCAGUUCGACCUGAGCGGAGAAUAUUUCAUCUUCUAUUCCCAUGGCCUCGACGCGCCCACGUGGACCUUCUGGUUUGAAAUACAGCCUCCGAGGGACCCAGACCCAUCAGGUCCCGAGGGGAUGAUCUCUGUUGCCAUCUCCUCCCAUUAUUUCUUUGGUCAAGACCAGAGGACUGCUCAGCUGGAGGAAAUCCUCCGCAGGUUUCCCUCGUGGGCUUUUCCUUCGUCUUGGGUCAGCACUUAUGACAUGUACCGAUACUGAGGACGCCGUACAUCGCAUAGGCUGACUCUGAGGAGAGUCAAAAGCUGCAGUGGCCACACGAGACAGACGGGAUGAAACUGAAGACCAGCGCCGCUGCCUUUUCACUCUUGAUACAAACACACUCUCUAACACACACUCACACUCCCUCCCGGCCUGCCUGAGAGACCCCCGUCACUGUGCCAGUAGGCUUCGUAGCUAACCGAGCAGGAAGAGACAUGCUGAGCCAGAGGUGAGCUGAUCAGACAGACUAUCUCACCGUCCGACCGAUCUCUCGGCCGCCACGAGCCUCGUGCUGACUCCUGGGUUAGUUAAAGGAAAGGGUUAAGAUUUUUUUUUGUAUUCAAUCUGUUGUGCCUUUGCUUUUACUCGUUCCAUCUCACUCCCCUCCUCACUUCCUUUCCCUCUGAUGCCGACACUCUUCCUGAAUGAAUAACGUCGCAUGGCUACCUCCCUUACUCACUCUUUAUCAGCAAACCACUCGAGUAGAUGUGUCUCCGGCUUCCACUGCAAAAAUAACACCACUAGUGUCUGUGCUGCAGGUGAAAUCCUGAUGCGUGUGUUUGAGAAGGGAAAGAAAGACCUUUUUGUGAUUGACCCCUCAUGGGCGCUUUGAAACUCUGACACUUUGAAAAGUUGCUUUUCAUCAGCACGCACUUGUUUUUAUUUUGAGCAACUAGUUUCCGUGUUAGCUAAUCAGUUAACGGCGAAUUUGCUCGUUUCUGUUCCUCACAAACCCCCCGCUGAUCUAUCAGCAACUUGUACCCCCACGAUUCAGUCACAAUCUGGCAUGCGGAUGCAGGAGACUGUUGCUAAAAUUAAAAUGGCAAGGUGUUAAAAGGAGUAGCCUUCUUUACGGGCGACAUUAAAGUCUUUUCUUUAAGAGAUCUUUUAAGUUUUCGCCCUGAUUUGUUCAAGCAAAGUUGUUAUGUGAGAAUUGGGCUUGAUGAGGCCAGAGCUCACAGGGGAAGCCAGUGUUUGUCCCAGUCAGAAUCUCCUGUGAUUGGAACCCCGAGCCUUGAGGGUGGAAAACCAGCUAUGCAAUUCCACGCUCAUUAACCACAUCCGUGUCGGUCGGCUUGUUCUGUGCCUCACGUGGAAGUGCUCAUGGUUUUUAUUUGCUGUUACUGUAAUACUAUAAUUUGUACUUGAAUUCUGCUCUGUGCUACGAGCUGUCUACAGCAGCGCCACUGGAUAUCUGUCCGUAUAUUGUAAAGUGAAGUAGAAUUCCAACGAUUAAUUUAUUUAUCAAUUACACAAUCGUAAGACUGCAACUAUUUUGAUAAUUGACAGUAACAGUGUUAUGUCUGCUGUUUCCUGCUGUUGAGAUGUGAAGAUUUGCUACUUUUGUUGGUUGUACACGAAAGCAAAGGAAACGUUUUGGGGAGUUUUGGACCGUUAAAAACACAUCUGAGUAUGUCAGCUUUUGAUUCUGGGAAUCUGGGAUUAAUGUUUCUUUCCUACUUUCACAUUUCAUAGUCUAAUCAAGAACAUAAUUGGAACAUUAAUCGAUAUUGAAAAUGAUCGUUAUUUGCCGUCCCUAAAUGAAAAUGAUCCAGUAGCUGUACAUGUUGGAUGAGGAUGAGAACCCAAUUCAACCAAAAAAAUCACAUUGAAACAAAACAGGAAAUGGUAUUGGUUCAUUUGAAUCCACUUAAAAACCACUAAUGUGCAUGUUUUCAGAAAAAGGAAUCAAUAUGGCAGAUUAACAGCAACACAAAGUGGGUGAUGCUUUAUUUUAUGGGUCUGUGAUUUCUAUCCUGUUAACUAUGCAGACGGGUAGUAGAGUCUGUGUUCUGUUGUCAUGCCUCCAAGAAACUGCCAGCUGAUCAUGCAAAAAAUGUUAAGCGCACAGUUGAACACCUACGGAGAAAAGGGUUCACAGCAGUAAAUGCAUGAAUAUUUGCUCAGCUUUUCUUUAAACUGAACGAACUCGUUCCCUGAUUUAAGUGCCAAAUUACACAGUUCUUUACAGGAAAGUUCUUAGGAAGUUAUUUGGAAAUAACAAAGUCUGUGAAAUAAAUCCGACUGAUUUACAACAAAGUGAGGAGUGUCACCAUGCCGCAUUCAUCAUCUGACUCCUCUCUUCUCCAGUUUAUGUUGAUCUAUGCAUCUAAGAACGUAUGACUGGUGCUGCUGCGGACGGCUCAUAGCGUUGGAACUUAACACUGGGCUCUUUGUUGCUAAUAUUUGACAUGGCUGCCACAAUCCAGUUAGUAUGACCUAGUCUAAUUCACAACACACCCAGGAGAACACCGUGUGGCAGUCAGCACAGGGUUACAGCGGAGAAGAAGUGGUUUGUGCGACGUGUUGUCCGACCACGUUGGGGAAAUGCAGAAUCAUUUAAACAUGAAGUGAAAGGUGCGCAGUUUCAGACAGACUCUCCUGGAAGAAAUUCCUAGCGUUGGACUUCUCGGUUGUUCACGUGAAAAGGGAGAAGCUAUAGAGAGAAGCUAAACCACUUGCCCCAUUCUCGCCUGCACACAGCUGGCCGGUCACGGCCUGAGGAGAGCUGAGAGCGUUCAGGUGUAAAGCUUUUCUGACCCUUUCAUUGUCACCACUACCUCCACAGCGAUCAAAACUCUGCAUGAAUGUUAUUGUUGGAAAGUUUUAUAUGGAUGAAGCUAAUUAAUGUUACAGAGAUUAUUUUCAUGGGUCACAAAGCCUCGUCGUGCUUGUCUGUGGGCUACCUCUGUGUUCUGCCAACACUGUGCGCAUUUAGACACUGUGUUUUGGUGGUUGAAUCACAUAGCUGUGUCAUCGAAAAGAGCGACCGUCUCCUCCCCGCCUUCAGUCUCGCACUCUGAAAUCCGUCGUCACAUUGUUGGCAGUCUGACUCCUCAGAUGAUGUAAUCACAGGUGGAAUCAGGUGGACUCGUGUUCCACCCGGUGACGUGCCGUCGUGAUCCGCGUUGUCUUGUCUGGCUUCUGUCACACAAAGUAAGAAAUGAAGGAGGCCUUAACGUUUUGCUUCCAAAGACACAAAAUGUUUACCGUUGUGGACACGAGCGUCUCAGUGCUGCACUGUACAGAGUUUUGAUGUUUAUGAGUCAUAAGUCUGUCUGGAAAGUUUAACACUUUAAUUCCAUCAUGGCCUUUAACAGCGGAGUUAAAAACGGAUCGUCCUACUGUGUUCUUUUUCAUUUAUGCACGACCUCACCACAAGGUCCACUCAGGAGCCGCUCCGGAGCUUUUGAUCUGUAGCACAUGACCUCCCUUAGCAGAUGAGGUUUGCUUCAGUUGUCGUGGAAAUUUAGCUGUUGGAGUUUCUUCUGACUUCUCGUCUACGCUGGCUUAAAAGUUGGAAGUUCUUCUGGCUGAGGUGAAGAGCGAAUUUUCAGUCUCGGCUUUUAAGCCAACCCCAACGAGGAUCCUUAAAGUAUCCUCUCUGCUGAGGAAGGUGCUAUACAGCUGAAAGCUCCGGAGCAGAGCUGCUGAUCUCACAUCAGCAAUGUUGAGAUUUUAUACUUCUUAGUAACUGUUUAUUUUUUUUUUUAUCUUAAAGGACCACGUUUUUUGCUUGUUUGUUUUUCUUUGUAUAUUUCAGCCAUUUAUGAAAGAUCAUGCAAACUUCACAUAACUUUUACUGUCAUGGUGAAAGCAGUCAGACUGCUCAUAAGGAGGCAAACAUCUAAUAUCAAAAAUGUGACUUCUUCCUCUUGUGACAGUUGCAGCUGCACUUUUACACUGACUGUCAGAAACAGAGUCGACGUGAACCAUGACACAAACCGAAACACUAACUGACCGAUCAGAUGUUUCUCCUUCACUGUGACCCAUCGGCGAGAUCACCUCGCUCGCUCUCUUCAGCUCGCGUUGUGUUUAGGCUCUGCAGUCCACCAGUCAGUACUGAUUACUCAGCUAAGUGGGUUGUUGAUGGUUGUUUAUCUAAUGUGUUUUUCUUUCUGGCUGACUGUCGGGUGAACCUCACUGUCAAACUCACUGAUCAGCACAGAAAUCUGAACAAUGAAUGUGCACUUAUUUUUUUGCUUCUACUUAUUUUUACUUCUGAAACGUUUCCUGUCUUUCUUUGACUUCCCUUUGAGUAAACACCUAAUGACGAGAACCUGAAAAAUGACAAGCUGACAUUAGAGUACAGUCAGUACAGCUGAAGUAAGCCAUGUGUUUGAAAGAUAGAGGAAGAAAAAAUAAGACCUCCAGAAAACGUUAUCGGUGUGUGGAUGUCUGUCGGCGCAGGGGUGGGUGUGUGUAGGGGGGGGCUUUAUUAACAACGUAAAGGAGUGUUUUUCUAAAAAUGUUAUGCCGUAGUGUUUGAUUUAUGUUGGAAAGUGAAAGAAAGCAUUGACACAGAAGAUGAGUCUCAGAUGUAUUUAGAUGUAUUCAUAUUGCUCAUAAAGCCAUUUCAAGCUGUGGCAGAAAUCUGACCUUUUUUUUGUUUAUAGUUCUAACAGCAAUUGAGAUGAUGAAUAACAAAAAGGGGUGAGAUUGUUUUUUGUGAAAGCAAGAACACACAGGGGGAACUGCUGGAGGAAGUGGAGUCAGGAGAUGUUUUAGAAAAUGCUGUGAAAUGGUUCAUCUGACGCCGUUGGUGCUCCCGCUGUCAGACCACAGCUCACACCGAGUGCUGCUAACAGAGCUUAACACAAAACGUAAUGGGAUGAAGUGAAUUUAAAUAGUCACUUUGUGUCAGGAUGUAUUAAUGUCGCUCAGUUCGGACUGAGAGGCUGACCAAACGCUGUUUGUUUAGUGUAAACUCACGCUUUGGUGCAGCUUUAUUUUCAUCAUGUGUCAACAGUCAGUGAAAGAAAACCUAACAAUCAUUCACACAAAUGUCCACAUCAGUUUAACUGAAAUCCAUUGUGGGAUUCACGCUGAAAUGUCUUAACAUGUACUGAAGGACGUCCUUUAAUGUUUAAUUUGAGAACGGUUUUGUUGUUGUUACCUGACCUGAACUGUGUAUUUUUGUCUUUUUCAUCCGUUUCUAUUCCUCUAAUUGUUUAGUUUUUGUUCUAAAAGUUAAAUUAGGGUUAGUUUUUUUUUUUUUUUUUAAACAAAACUGAUCAUUUGUUCUCUUUUGUGAUUGACACUUUAUUAACUGUAACAGUUAAGUUUCUCAUUUGAACUGCUGUUUUGCUUAUUUUUUAAUUGCAUAUUUGUCGGUUAGUUGGAAUUAAGUGAUUGAUAUGAUUGUUGCUAUUGGGAUUGAUCUGGUUACAGGGUAUCCAUCUGCUGAAUGGACGGGAUGAUUUUACGUUAUGCAAAAAGCUUGAAUUAAAUUAGCACUUGUACAAGAAUCAA